AUGGCUCCAGUCAAUCUACCAGCCUUUCUCGAAUCAGCAGAUCCGACUGCUAGGAUCGUCCAGUAUGGACAGGAAUUCAACGCGACUUGGGGUACUCCGGUUCACUUUGAACACCAUGGGAAACGUGGUAUUCAACCAGGCGACACAAUCUUCCUCAUCUACCCCCUAAUCAUCGGCAUCAUACUAGCAAUAGCAUACUGGAUUAGCCGAAGCUCACGCUCCAAUCCAACCUCCACCACCGUCGAAGAAGCCGAACCACUCCGUCCCGGCUACCAACACAAAUACAACGAUCCCCGACCAGACAACCAACCCAAAUACAACGACCCCCGCAUCACCCGCCAAUUCACGCCCACGGCCGCCAACCCCAUUAUAAUGGAGACAGACAACAUGGACGAAGAGCAAAUCGCGCGCGCUCGUCGCGGAGGUUGCUAUUAUGCUACGAUGCGGGUUAAAAAGCCAGCGCCGGGGGCUGCGGCGGAUGAUGAGGAGAGUGACAGUGAUGAUGAUUGGGUUGGGGGGUAUGGGACUAUGAUGGGGGUGGAGGUUAGGAGGGUGGUGUUUUUGACGAAUCAGGUUGAGGAUUAG